AUGCAGGAGGACCUUCAUCUUGUGAAGGCAUGGCUGAACGUGAGAAUGGAUCCCGUGGUGGGGAGCAACCAGAGUAUAAGGGCUUUCUGGCAGAGGAUCGAGACCUUUUUCCACGAGCACAAAGACUUUCGUUCCACCCGCAACAAGAAGUCUCUGCAGGGGAGGUGGACCUUCAUCAACGGGAUGGUGCAGAGGUUCUGCGGGCAUUAUGCUAGGACCCUGCGUAAUAGGAGGAGUGGGACGACCGAGCCUGACAUGAUCGCGGCAGCAUGUCAGAUGUUCCAAGCCACGGAAAAUGAGGAGUUCACGUUGCUGCCUUGUUGGGUGGAGUUGCGGCAUCAUCCCAAGUGGCAAUCUGAGGCUUCACGCAAGAAGCAGAAGACCUCCGCCGCGGGCAGCCCCGCAUCGACGCAGCACGUUGAGUCUUCUCCCGGGGUGAACGUACCUGAAGGUGUAGCUGCAGGACCUUCCAGUGGCGGUCCACGGCCGAAACAGCCACCUGGCCGCAAUCGCUCGAAGGAGGUUGCCCGCGGUUCUUCCUCCUCCAACUCAGCUUCUGGGUCCAUGAUUGAGAUAUUUGACCGCCAGUUGGCCAUGAAAGAGAAGGUUGAGAAGGACAGGGCAGAGAGAUUUGCUGAGAUGAUGAGAAUAGAGCAAUAG